AGAGGUGAUGUUACUUGUUUAGAAAUUGAUGCUGUUGUUAAUGCUGCUAAUGAAUCACUUUUAGGAGGUGGUGGUAUUGAUGGUGCUAUUCAUAGAGCUGCUGGUGGAAAAUUAAGAAAAUACAAUGCACAUUUGCAUGGUUGUGAUACUGGUUGUACUAAAAUUUCACCAGGUUUUUGUUUACCUGCUAAAUUUAUUUUAAAUACUGUUGGACCUGUUGGUGAAAAUCCACAAAAAUUAACAAGUGCCUAUACAACAUGUCUUGAAUUAGUAGAAGAAUAUCAAUUAAGAACAAUUGCUUUUUGUGGUAUUAGUACAGGUAUUUUUGGAUAUCCAUUAGAUAAAGCAACUAUUAUUGCAAUGCAUACUAUUAGACAAUGGUUAGAAAUUAAUCAUGAUAAAGUUGAUAGAAUCAUUUUUAUUACUUUCCUUAAAAAGGAAGUUGAUAUGUAUAAUACUGUUGCUCCUUACUUUUUCCCUCUUAAACCUUUACAAUAA